CCAUCCCAACGGAUCCCGGCUUCCUUACAUGGUCACGGCUGGGCCUCCAGCUCCCGGACGUCCUCCCCCCCACCCCGCCCUCCGCCCCCACCGGACACGGCCCCCGCCCUGCGAGCCCAGCGUGGUCCGCCUGUGCCCCACCAUGGAGGACCUGGAUGCCCUGCUCUCGGACCUGGAGACCACCACGUCACACAUACCAAGGUCAGGGGCUCCAAAAGAGCGGCCCCCAGAUUCCCUCACUUCUCCGCAGCCCCAUGGCCACCAGCCACAGAUGGGGACUGGGGAGUCUUCUGGAGCCUCUGGGGACAAGGACCAUCUAUACAGUACCGUGUGCAAGCCUCAGUCCCCGAAGCCUGCCGCCCCUGCGGCUCCUCCGUUCUCCUCCUCCAGCGGCGUCCUGGGCACAGGGCUCUGUGAGCUAGACCGGCUGCUUCAGGAACUCAAUGCUACUCAGUUCAACAUCACAGAUGAAAUAAUGUCCCAGUUCCCAUCUAGCAAGGACACGGCCGGGGAGCAGAAGGAGGACCAGUCUGAGGACAAGAAACGGCCCAGCCUCCCGCCCAGCCCCUCCCCGGUCCUCCCCAAACCUUCGGCCACCUCGGCCACCCUGGAGCUGGACAGACUGAUGGCCUCGCUCUCUGACUUCCGAGUCCAGAACCAUCUCCCAGCCCCCGGGCCCACCCAGACACCGGCGCCAAGCUCCGUGAGCGAGGGCUCCCCGUCCCCGCCAGGGCCGGCGAGCAAGGGCAGCCUGGACACCAUGCUGGGGCUGCUGCAGUCCGACCUCAGCCGCCGCGGCAUCCCCACCCAGGCCAAGGGCCUCUGCGGCUCCUGCAAUAAAGCCAUCGCUGGGCAGGUGGUGACUGCGCUGGGGCGAGCCUGGCACCCGGAGCACUUCGUCUGUACUGGCUGCUCCACCGCCCUGGGCGGCAGCAGCUUCUUCGAAAAGGACGGAGACCCCUUCUGCCCCGAGUGCUACUUCGAGCGCUUCUCCCCGCGAUGCGGCCUCUGCAAUCAACCCAUUCGCCACAAGAUGGUCACCGCCCUGGGCACCCACUGGCACCCGGAGCAUUUCUGCUGCGUCAGUUGCGGGGAGCCCUUCGGAGACGAGGGUUUUCAUGAGCGCGAGGGCCGCCCCUACUGCCGCCGGGACUUCCUGCAGCUGUUCGCGCCGCGCUGCCAGGGCUGCCAGGGCCCCAUCCUGGACAACUACAUCUCGGCGCUCAGCGCGCUCUGGCACCCCGACUGCUUCGUGUGCAGGGAGUGCUUCGCGCCCUUCUCGGCCGGCAGCUUCUUCGAGCACGAGGGCCGCCCGCUGUGCGAGAACCACUUCCACGCGCGGCGCGGCUCGCUGUGCGCCACGUGCGGCCUCCCGGUGACCGGCCGCUGCGUGUCGGCGCUGGGCCGGCGCUUCCACCCGGACCACUUCACCUGCACCUUCUGCCUGCGCGCGCUCACCAAGGGCUCCUUCCAGGAGCGCGCCGGCAAGCCUUACUGCCAGCCCUGCUUCCUCAAGCUCUUCGGCUGACCCCCUACCCCCCAAACCCUCCUCCCCCUCCCCAGACCCUCCUCCACGGUGCUGCCCCCCCCCCCCCCAGGCCGCUCUGGGAGCCGGGGGCUUCCCAACCCCCACCCCCACCCGUGAGCACCGCCCGCUGGAGACGCCCCGGUACCUGACUGCGCUCUCCGCGGGCAGCUCAGGAAAGGCCCGGCCCGGCCCCAUCCACGCGCCCCCGAGGGGCCCGCACACCGACCAGCACCCCUCCUGCGCCUUCACUGAUCCCCACCCGAGGGACCCCCGAUGCAGGAGACCCGGGCCGGAGCCCCGCCCCCCGCCCUCACCGCUCUGUGCACUUUUCUACAUAAACACGCGGUCCAUGUC